AUGGCUACUCCUGGUGAAUUGUGGCGGCUUUCUUUCUAUCAUCCUCGCCAAAGUGAUAGAUCCCAACGUAGCAAGUACAACUCCAACUCAAGCGAUCUGUCAAAUGGAACACCUGAUACGUCUCAUGAUCCGACUGAAUCGCCUAAGCGAUCUAGUUCACCUUCUUCCAUCGGAUCAUUGGAAGCGGUAGACCGAGUCGAGGAAGACAUUAAUUUAACAGAAAGGUCCCGGGCUACUGGGUAUAUGGGCAAGAGCUCAGAGAUUACAUGGAUGGGCCGCGUGCAGGAAGAGGCAGAACAGCGAAACCACAGUCAACCACCAAAGGCCACAUCCAAAGACCACACCGGGGAUAAAGUUUCUCCAUCCACGAUCAGCUACCAUGUUGAUGAUCUUGGUGUUGAUGCACCCGGACCGGUACAAAUGUAUUGGGUGCCUCCUCGACAAGUGGCAGAUCAUUUGUUUGAAACUUACCUGCUCGCUGUUCACCCGCAUUUCCCUAUAAUCAACAAGGGUCUGUUCUCCACCCAAUACAGGGACUUCUUCGAUGAUAUAUCUUAUGCGGGUGAUAAGUGGAUGGCAAUAUUGAACAUGAUCUUCGCCAUUGCCACGGAAUACUUAUAUACCAGCGAUGCGGCACAGCGGAGGGAUAUCAAAGAACAUCUCUUCUACUUAACACGAGCUAGAAUGCUGAGUAUGGGCGGCGAUAGCCUAUUUGAACAUCCCGAUCUUCAGCAAGUGCAAAUAGAGGGAUUGAUUGCAUUUCACAUGCUAUCUACAAACCAGAUCAAUAGGGCGUGGAGAAUCUCGGCUCUAGCUAUUCGGUCCGCUACUUCGCUUGGCAUCAACCUGAAGAGCAGUUGCCAGAAAAUGUCAGGCGUAUCGAAAGAGAUAAUCUGCCGAAUUUGGUGGUGUCUUUACACGGUCGAACACACACUAUGCUCAAUGACUGGUCGGGCAACCUCCAUUUCGACCAAUAUGUAUACCACACAAUUGCCCCUUCCCUUCGACGAACAUCAUUUGUCCCAGCCACCAGCUACACUAUUUCUUGAGAACUUCGAUAUCAGACAAAGACGUGUGGACAUGGCCAUGACUAGUCCGUAUAUUCGCUAUCCCGACCGUCGGCAGACUGAAGAUGCAUUCGCUGGGCGCUCGUGGCUUCAUAGCUUGCCAGUCACUCCCAGUCUUUAUUUCUUGUACUACUGUGAUCUCACAGUUGUGAACCAAGAAAUCCUAGACCACAUUUAUUCAGCGGAGAGUGCGACGGUAUCAUGGGACAAUAUUAAGGGCGGCAUCAGUCGGCUGAAGACAACCGUCGAUGCAUGGUUAUCGACUCUUCCACCCGGGCUGGACUUCACUUCUAUAAACGACGAAAAUGAGAAAACCUACUGGGCGAAAACAAACUUGGCAUUCCACUACCAUAGCACACGCAUCAUCCUAGGUCGGCCGUGUCUCUGCCGACACACCCCACAUCAGGCCGAUAGACCACGGAGGAGCUUCGACGACCGGGGGUUUAGCCACGACAUGGCUGUCAUGACCCUGGAAUCGGCUAUUAACAUGCUCGAUUUGUUGCCCGACGAGCCUAAUACUACCCAUAUAUAUCGGUUUUGUCCAUGGUGGUGUUUCCUUCACUAUCUCAUGCAGACAGCAACAGUGAUAAUUUUGGAGCUCUCGUUUCAUUGUGUGCACAUGCCAGACCGAGGGAGCAGUCUGGUUCAGUCAGCGAAGAAAUCUGUCCGGUGGCUUUACAUGAUGUCCACGCAUUGCAUCGCGUCACAUCGUGCAUGGCAACUUUGUGAAAGUGCAGUUCGUCGACUGGUGUCUAGCAUGGGAUAUGACGACAGCGACAUACCACAGCCAAGUAAGCAGAGUAAUGAGCUGUCUGGUAAUCCUAUUGACCCUGCGCCACCUCCACAGCUUGCUGGAGGACUUGACGGUGCGCAAGGCUUGCCUUACAAUGGUCUCUCUCAUGAAAGUCAUACUGCGGAUCAUUUUAGCAAUGACGCGGACCGCACAGGUUCUUUGGCGUCUGUGAUUUUACCCGCGACGAGUACCCAAGAGCACACUGAAGACUAUGUAAAUUUCCCUUAUGACCCGAUUACCGAGGAGUUUAUUCGCUAUUUCUUUCCUUCUAUGGACGGAGUGGAAAAUCCGAUCAGCGAAAAACAUAGAUUCUGA